UGUGUGUGUGUGUGUGUGUGUGUGUGUGUGUCAGGAGGAAGAACAGUCGGUAUUUGAAUAGAAACCCUGUGACUCUUUGGGAGGCUGCUGAAGGUGAACUGCGGUGAUGGAUCUGGACGUGAUGAACGUGUUCUUCAUUGCUGGAGGCACUCUUGCAAUCCCCAUUUUAGCUUUCCUGGCUUCUUUUCUGCUUUGGCCUGCAGCACUUUUCAAGAUUUAUUACUGGUAUUGGAGAAGGAGACUGGGACUGCAGGUGGAUUAUGCAGAGCACAACGGAUAUCGCUUUUGUUACACACACCGUGGAAAGCCUGGAAGCCGGCCUUCUAUACUCAUGCUCCAUGGCUUUUCAGCUAGCAAAGACAUGUGGAUGGGUGUGGUGAAGUUCUUUCCAACCAAUGUGCAUCUGGUGUGUGUCGACAUGCCUGGUCAUGAGGGCACUACACGCACUAGUGCAGUGGACUACUCCUUUGAGGGCCAGGUCAAAAGGAUACAUCAGUUUGUAGAAAGUAUUCAGCUGAAUAAGAAGCCUUUUCACCUGGUGGGUACGUCCAUGGGUGGUUGUGUAGCUGGGGUUUAUGCUGCUCGCUAUCCUUCCGAUCUCUCCAGUCUGACACUCAUCUGUCCUGCUGGUCUGAAAUACCCCAAAGAGAGUAAACUUGAGAGUCAUUUGAAAGACUUGGAGAACAAUAAGGAAUUCCAAAGGAUUCCUCUCAUCCCAUCGACUCCAGAGGAGAUGAAGGACAUGCUAAGACUGUGCUCUUUUGUACGCUUUAAGAUUCCUUAUCAGGUCCUUCAGGGAUUGGUCAAAGUCCGUAUCCCACACAACAACUUUUUCCGUGAGGUGUUCAUGGAGUUAGUAGAAGAAAAAUCGCGACACUGUCUGCAUGAGAACAUGCAUCUGAUUUCAACACCACUUCAAGUCAUCUGGGGGAAGCAGGAUCAGGUGCUAGAUGUAUCCGGUGCAUCAGCGUUGGCUGAAGCUUUGCCCGGAUGCCAGGUCGAUCUGUUAGACAACUGUGGCCAUUCUGUGGUGUUGGAGUAUCCUCGGAAAGCUGCUCAUCUCAUCAUGGACUUUAUCACACGGCAACAGGAUUCAGGAAGUGGUAGCAGCAAAAAGUUCUCUUGAAACAACUGCUGACAACAAUAUGACUUAAUUUGAAGAAAUUUUAAAUAAUCUUAAAUGUAUUUUUCUAGUGAACCCUCAGGGACCAACGACCGGGGUGAAAAUCGCUCUCGUGAUAUUCAGGAUUUAAUAUAAUUCGAAUCAGAAACUGAUUUUACUGUGAAUUGAAAAAAAUAACAGGCAAUACAUUUUAAUGAUGUUGUUUCAGGUUUUAUCACUUCAGAACACGGCUAUACAAAAAGUAUUACUUUUUCUUUCGAAGAAAUGUCCUGCAUUCUUUUAGUGAAACGCUGCAAGUUCUUGUGUGUAUCCUGUUCCACAAAGCACUUUUAAAAGCCUUGUAUGAAACAGCAUUCAUGUUUUAAUGUUUAUGGUAUUUAUUUUUAAACCCACAGUUAUAAGUUAACUGUUGAAAUGUAAUGGUUUAUUAGUAAUUUCCAUGCGAGAUGCACUGCACUGAACUCCUACAUCAUUGUUUUGAAUACUCAGUAAAAGCUCUGAUGCCAUAAACUCAUUCCUGGACAUUUUAUUCAUAUAAAAAAAAUGAUGUUAUUUACACUGAAUCGUAUGUUUACUAGCUACAUAGAUUCAGGAACCAUUUAAGCACCUACCAUACAAAUGUAAUGCACUUGAUACAUUCAGUGUGUAGAAACCUGGUAACCUAGUAAACUUGCAGCCUGGUGUAGUUUGGUAUAAUAUGUAUAAUUUACUUUAGAGUUUUUUUAUACACAUAGAGUCAUGUUGCUGUUCCCUGGUGGUCUAGUGGUUAGGAUGCGGCGCUCUCACCGAUGCGGCCCGGGUUCGAUCCC